GGUCGCCAGCUGAGGUGACCUGUGGACACGAGGAUUAGGGCGGUGACGCGGCAAGACCCUUGUGUGGGCAGUCUACGGCUUUAACCAGUGUUGGAAAGGCGUGUUGUAGUGUUAUUCCUCGUGUGGUUCUUAGAAAUACCCAGACCCCGUACACGCCCACACGCGCCCCCCGCCAUGGCAGACACCCUUUCCAGUAACUUCUGCUCCCUGUGUGGCUUUGCUUUCGACAGGUUUUCCUCCGAGAAGCAAAAUAUGAGGACGUCUUUAGCCUCCCCUGUGGUUGAAGAGUCUGGCCUGCUGGAGCGCCUCAACAUCACUGUCACACCACUACGAAAAGAGCUCCUGUUUAUCUGUUACUCCUGCUGUACUGUCUUCACCAACUACACCGAGGCAAAGACGAACUUCCACCACAGAGAACAGGAGGCACUCAAACUCCUCACCGAGCCUGUGACGGAAGGGAAGGAGCGGCAGGGGCAGCUUCCUUUUGUCCCUUACCUCAAGAGAAAGUACAUGUCCAGGCCCCCAUCAUCCCCAUCCUCCCCAGCCCCUCCCAGCCCUGCCAAGGUCCCAAAGCUGGAGAGGGAUAAUGACACGGUUGCUGAUGAUGGCAGGGUGAAGGAGGAAGAGAUGGGGAAGGAUGGGUUAGGUGAUGGUUUGGAGUGUAAUGAGGGAGUGAGGCGGCGUGCAGUGGAGCUCUUGGAGAAAGGGUGCUACAGCUCCUCCAUGUCUGAGCUGUGGGGUGCCAGCAGGGAGUUCAGGGAUGGCUGCCUCUCCUUCCUCUCCCUCCUCGUCAUGAAGGAGACGUCAGACAUCCUACAGCAAGACACACUCUUCACCCGCACUCUGAAUGGCAAGGCCUUCCAGGAGGUGUCUUGGGACCACACCAUGGAGGUCCUGUCCUCGGUUGCCCCCGCCACCCUCUGCCUCCUGCUGGCCCUCCUUGGUGUGGAUGCCAACAAUACGUCCAGGGAAGCAGUAGAGAGCCAGCACAGCAUGGUGGGGUACAUUCUCUCUAUGGCUUUGUACAAGAGAUUCAGGAGGCGUGCUAAUUUCAUCCCAUCCUUGCACUCCCUCUACCUCCACACCACCCACACGCCAGCCAGGGUGAAGAGGACUCUGCACCACCUUGGGCUGACCAUCCCAUCUUUCAGACUGGCAGCUCUCUUGAAGGGCUUAGAGGCUCCCAGCUGUGACCUCGCUGGCACUUGGAAGAGAGAACUGGAGCGAACACUCCAGGUGAUCCCCAGGAGGCCCAAGUGUGAGGAGGGUGCCAAGAAGCUGCCAGCUGAGAGGAGGAAGCUACGGAGCAUCCUUCCCAAACCUGUCGCUGUCACAUCCUACGGCCUCUGCUGGGGGAGUGUGGAGUGCCCUGAAUCCCGAACGCCAGGCAGCUCACGUCCCUCCCUUUCCCAAGCCUAUGCAGUGAGGAACAGGGUGCCUUUCAUGAUGACCUAUAGGGAUGAGGCAGUGAGGCAGGCUGACAACAUUCCCUUUGAGGAGUUUGUGCCGGACUCCGAGGACUUCAUCAGGGUGAGGAACCAGAUGAAGAAGGAGGUGCAGAAGAUGUUGAUCACUCACCUUGGUCUCUUUGCCAGCUUGUCUGUCAAUGAGGAGCACCAACAUUCGCAGUUUGUGACCGAAAAAAGUGUGAUGUUGGACCUUGGUACGGUGUUCAAGAGCCCCACCGACAGCGGCAGUGUGGCGUCCCUCAUGAAGAACCUGAAGAAGUACAUGGUGCACGACGAGGGGGAGCCGCUGUCCCUGUGUCUGUUUGGGGAGCGGGACAGUGUGGAGCGCAUGGUGAAGGCCAAAGAUGUCAUGUCCUGCUUCUCAGACAAGCUGGACCGCCUGGAUGGCAUGGAGCCCUGCAUCGCUGACCAUGGCCGCCAGGCGCUGCUAGCUAAGGACAUCAUAGCAAUAUUCUUCCCUGGUGGGCUGCAAGAUAAAAGCUCCUUCCUGCGCCACCUCAAGCUGGACAAGGCACUGGUGGAGGGCUGUGAGGCGCUGGACUUUCCCUCCCUCCAGGCACUACUGCAGGUGAUGGCUCAGAGCUACACGGUGGCCCUGGCUGGGAAGAAGCUGGCUGGCAUGGUACUGGAGGACGAGAAACUGAGUCACGAGGAGAAGGUGAACAUUCUGGAGCAGCUGAGCGAGGAGAUCGUGUCCGAUGUGUGGCCGCUAGUGAACACCGACUCUCUGGACACUGUGAGGCACGGCAACAAGGUGGUGCGGGACAGAGAGUGCUCGUUUGGGGACUGCGUCAACUUCCGGGAGAAGGCGAGGCUUCCGUGCUCGGAGCGGUGUGCACGCCCCUUCUACUUCUGCUGCCGGAAGCCCCUGAACGAUGGCCUGGUGGAGUGUGCCCGGCGGGAGAACUGCCCUCAAGGCGCCUGGUUCCACAUCAACAAGAAGUGCUCAGGCCUGGUGGAGGCUCCUGAGGAUGACUGGUUGUGUGGGUCCUGCUCAGCACUAAGGAGAGUAGAGGGUCUGUCUGGGAGAACUGACGGGCUGUGGGAAUACCAUCGGGGCUUGCUGUGGUACUGCCUUUUCUUCCUGGUGGGGCAGACGGCUGAGAGGUGCGGCAACGGCUGGCUGCUGCAUGCCAUCUGGAAGGUGUCUAUGCCCAUCUUUGAGACGCAGGGCCACACUGACUACCUGAACCUUGGGUACUCAUUCUUGUCAGGAGUGGCGGGCCGCAUCCCCCGCCUGGCAGCACACGACAGCCUGCACAAUCGCACUGUCAACCUGACUGGUGGCCACAACAACAACAUGAGCUGGGAUCAUGCCGUGUGGCACAUCAGCAGGGAGACUAGAGGCAAGACACUGCAGAGACACAACACCAAGGAGCCAGGCAGUCCGAGGAGAGCAGAGGCAUACAGAGUGCACUCCCUCACCACAGCCUGGGAGUCUCAGCUACAGAGGAAGGAAAACCAGCCCACCACUCCCUUGCCAUCCAUCCAGAGCAACGCAGCCCAUCUGGAAGCCCUGGGAGUCCUGCAGAAGGUCCCCGGCAGACAGAGAGUGGAUGACGUGGAGUACACCCAUGUUAUUAGAGUUCGCAAGCCUGGGGUGAUGGUGAUGACUCUGAGGGAACUGUGUGCCAAGGAUGUGACGAGACAGAUGAAUGAACAGGAAAGUGAGGUGGAGUAGGGAAAGAGAGUGAGGAGGUGAAUGAAUGAGUGAGGUGGAAUGAGUGAGGAUGUGACAUGACUCAGUAGAUGAAUGAAAAGGAGAGUGAGGUGGAGUAGAGAGAGAGAGAAGUGAGAGAUGGGAAGGAUGUUUGUGAGGGAAAGGAGGAAGUGCAAGUGAAGGAUCUGAUUUCAGUGUAACAAGGAGUGAGAAAUGAAGGUAAAGGGAUGUUUAGAGUUAGAAAUUAGUGUUUGGAGUGAUGGAGGAGGUUUAGGGUGACAGUCAGAGGUAGAGAGCUGAUAGAAAUUUUUUUGAGUGAGAAAUUAAUGUUUUGGAGUGAUGAGGAGAGAGAGAGAGAGAGAGAGAGAGAGAGAGAGAGAGAGAUGUUUAUAAUGAGAAAUUAGGAUGUUUUGGGGUGACCAGGAAUGAAAAAUAAAGUUAAAGGGAUAUUUUUUGAGUAAGAAAUUAAAAUGUUUUAAAUUUGAGGGAACACAAAUGAAGAACAAGCCUUUAGAAUGAUGAUAAAUGAGGGAUAAAGGUGAUAAUUAUGUUUUUUGAGUGAGAAGUGAUUUAUUUUUGCAGUGAAAGGAAUUGAUUGUGAAUUGAUUGUGUUGAAAGGGUUGAUUUUGGCAGCGUCUUAUUUGUUACUGUGAACGAAGAAUUUAUUUAGAUUCUUUCAUCUUGCCACAGUAAAUUAAUUGUGAGUUUUUAGUUGCAGUUUAUGACAGAAUAUUUUUUUAAGUUCCUGUAUUUUUGUGUACGAAGAAUUAAUUUUGCUGUGUUUUGUUCCUUUCUUUCUUUCUUUUUUUCUCUCAGUAAUUCAGAUAUUUUUGUUUCAGUGUAUGGUGAGUAACAGAAUAUUUUUGGAUUCCUGUAUUUCUGUGUAUGACCAAUUGAUUUUCUUGUAUUUUGUUCUUUUCUUUUUGUUCCUUUCUUUUUGUUUAUUUUAUUUAUUUAUUUAUUUAUUUAUUUUUUGCCUCAGUAAUUUACAUAUUAUCAAUUGUAUGAUGAAUAAUUAUAUAUUUUCUUUAUUUUCUUUUGUCUCAGUAAUUCAUAUAUUUUCAUUUUGAUGUAUGAUGAAUAAUUGGAUAUUUUCUUUUUUCAUUUUGUGUCUCAAUAAUUUGUAUAUUUUCAUUUUGAUAUAUAAUGAAUAACUGGCCAUUUUCUUUCCUCUGUGAUUAAUUAGUUUUGUAAUCUCAGCCUGUGUGUGUCAGGAGAGAAAUUUAACACUGCCUUGCUGGGUGUGGCUUGUGUGCAUCUUGGGGUAUGUAUUAGUGUAACAGUGUUUGAAGCUUAUUUUUCUACUUCAUUAUUUAUUUAUUUAUUUAUCAUCACCAUUUGUAUGAUUAUUUUUUGUGUGGAAUUUUGUCAUUCUUUAUUCCGUAUAUAGUUAGUAUAUUAUAUACAUCAGGAAAUUCUUAUGUAUUUCACUUGGAUAGAAGGAAAAUGAGUCAUUCUAUUGAUAUUUGGGUUAGGUUAGGAUUAGGUUGUAAGGUUAUGAUAGGUUAGAUUAGGUCAGGUCCAGCUUAGUUAUGUCAAGUUAAGCACCUAGCCUUACCUAACUUGACCAGACCUAAUCUAACUUAACCUGACUUUACCUAUCCUAGCUUAACUUAGCCUUACCUAGCAACUUAACAUUACCUAAUCUCACCAAACUUUACCUAACCUCACCACAUCUCAUCUAACCAAACCUAACCUAACCAAACCUAACCGAACCUAACCGAACCUAACCUAACCUAACCUAACCAAACCAAACCUAACCAAACCUAACCUAGCAUAACCUAACUUAAUCUAACCAAACCUAACCUAACCUGACCAGACCAAAUAUGAAGUGGCUAAAUUUCAUAGGUGUUAGUCAUUAACGAACACAGCUGGGCAUAACUUACCUGUGAAUACCUGUAUAUAUACCAGGUGUAGGGCCGUCAGGUAGGGACUUAACGAGCUUGAAGUUUUAUCUCAUUAAGGUGUACAGGUAGGUUAAGAAAAUGAGGUUUUUCUUACCAAUAUCAUUACUUUUAGAAGACUGGCUGGAGGAGCUGUGGAAAUAAUGUGAUAUAAUGUAUUAAUUUCUGUGGCUCUAUUGCUUAUUCUCGCAGUAUUGUAUAAGUAUUUGCUGGAUGAUGCUUGCUGUUCCUCCUGGUUAAUUUGAUAAGUAGCAUUCUGUUUGUUGAUGUUUUUCUUUGUUUUUGUGCCUGUCUCUAUUAUUUUAUCUUUUUUUUCUUUCUCUCAUUUCUCUGUUGCUUUCUUGUUUAUUUUUUUUCAUAGCCAAAUUGUUUCAUAAUUUCUUCUCUUACUCUUUUUGCCCACUUCUCAGUUGUUCUCUUCUGUUUCUCUCUUUCAUACUUAAAUCCUUCUCAUUAUUUCCUCUCUUAUUCCUCUAUUGCUCUCUCCUUUGUUAAAUUUUUCAUGCCCAAAUUCUCACAUUGUUUCUUUUCUCUUACUUUUCUGUUGUUCUUUCAUACUCAAAUCCUCAUAUACUUUUCCUCAUAUAAUUUCUUGUCUUACUUCUUUUAUUUCACUAUUACUGUCUCCUUUGUUACUUUUUCCUUAUAGUAAGUACAUAAACCUUUCCCUACACUUAAUACAUCAUCUUCAAUUCAGCCACAUUCUAUCCUUGCAUAUUAUUUUUAUUUCUACUUUCCCAUCUGGUCUCUAACCUAACCUAACUUUUAUACUAUAGAUUUCCCCAUUCAAAAUACAGACUACCUUUUCCUUCCUUUAAUAUCCUCACUAUACUGCUAUUCAUCUCUUAUUCACAUUCUUGGCCUGCAAUUUUCAUUUGUGCCCUACCAUCUUGUGUUUCCGAACCAUUGCAGAUUUAUGUGUCCCUUCCUCUUCUGUCUUUGUGCCAACCUAGUGCUCAUGGUGCAGUUCUUACCACUCAGUUCAGUCCAGUAUGGUUAAGAUUUACUGAAGCUCGUAGACUUAAGGGAAGUUAGGGAUUUUGAUCGUGUCUCUGUGGCCUCAAGGUGUGUUUAUAUAGAAUUGUGUGUUGCUGCAUGGACAGUUAAUGUUUAUGAGUGAAGUCAGUGUGGAAAUGGAAUAAAAUGUGAAAUAGAUGAGUGGAAAGUUAAUUGUUAGAUGGGAAAUUGAGGUAGAAAGUUAAAUAAAAGAAUUGACCAUGAAAUUUAAGACCAGGGAACAAGAUAAACAGUGAAAUGGAAGAAUAAACAGUGAAAAUAUAAAACUGGGUAAUUAAAUUAAUUAUGAAGUAGAGUAUUGAAUAGUGAAAUACAAAACUAAGAAAUUAACUGAACAGUGAAAUAAAACAGUGAACAGUGAAAUGGAAGAUAAGAAAUUAAAUAGUGAAAAGAAUAAUAAAAAUAAAAUAAAUAAAUAAAUAAAUGAAAUGAAGAUAGAAGAACAGUCAAAUAGAAUAGCCAGAAAUAAAAUAGAUUUUGAAACAGAAUAAUAAACAGUGAAAUGGGAAGAACCAGAAAAUUAAAUAGUAAGACCAGAAAACAAGAGAACAAAAUUAAUAAACAUUAUCUUUUUAUUUUCUCUUCUGGAGUGUUGGAAGAGAAACAAUACCAAUGAAAAGAAAACAGAAUAAAGAAGAGAUACAGAGAAAUGAAGAGACAAAAAAAAAAAAUGAAAAUGAACAAAGUAAAAAUAAAAUAGAGAACCAUAAAACCAUAAUUUGAUAAAAAAAGAGAAAUGAAGAGACAGAGACAGAAAACCAAAAACUUGAACAAAACAAAAAUAAAGUAGAAAAUCAUAGCACUUUAACUUAAUUAAUAGAAACUGUGAAUAUUUGUUAGAAUACGUAAUGAUAUGUUGAAAUAUUAAGAGAGAGAGAGGGAGAGAGAGAGAGAGAGAUAUAUUAUUACUUUAACCAGAGAAGUAUUGUGUAUAUAUAUAAAGCUAAAGAAAGACUAGGUAAUCAUGUUUGUAUAUAUAGACUAAGGUUACAAGCUGGGAUAAUGUUCUUUCUGUGUUUUUCCUCCUCUUCUCUCCUUCCUUUAAUAUUGACAAGCGUGUUGCAUUAUUAAAAGGACAUUUUUCAUUAUUGUUAUUCUCUGUCAGCAGUUGAAGUGUAGUUUGCUAUAUAUUGUUUAAGAAAGAUCAGUUAGUUGUUUAUUUGUUUAUUCAUUCAUUUUAUUUCAUUAUUGUUUAUAUUUUUUUCUUCAUUGUCUAUCCUUGUUUACUUAUUAUGAUUUAUUUAUUUGUUUAUUUAUUUAUUUAUUUAUUUAUUUAUUUAUUUAUUUAUUUAUUUAUUAUGUUGUUUCCUCUGUUUUUCCUUGUGUUUAAUUAUGUUUUUUUUUAUUAUUUGCUGUUUGUUCAUGUUUAUUCUCAUAUCUAUUGUCUUAUUUUUAGUUUUUAUUAUUUGUUUAUUCUUGAGUGCACCUGUUACUUAUUAUUAUCAUUAUUAAUUCUUGCUUUCUUGUUAUGCUCAAAUUCCAUUGUUAUUCAUUAUCACAUAUAUAUUUUUCAUCUUUAUUUUCAUUUUUUUUUAUUAUGAAUAGGGCAAAUGUAAAAUCACAUGUAUAAUAUUUUUUUUCAUGUUAUUUUUUUAUUAUUUCCUCAUGAACACUUCCUAUUAUGACAUUUACAUUUUUCAGCUCUAUUUAUUCUCAUUCCUUAUUCUUAUUCAUAUUCCUUGUUCUCAUUCUUAUUCCUGCGAUGCUUGAAGGCAAUUGUUAUACCUUUUAUCAUCAUUACUGUACCUUUGUUUUCAUAUGCUUGGAGUCAAAUGAUUUAUCAACUUCUCAUUACACUUUAAGGCAAGAAGCAAGCAUUUAUAUCAUGUUAUUCUCUAUAGAAACUUAGCAAUUACUGACAGACACAAGGGAAGCUGUGGUAAGCUAUCAGGCUGACACUUGGCAGGCCCUUUAGAAGAUGCAAAAGAUUAACCCUUCGUCUAACAAACCAUUCUUCCUAUACCCACCUACAACUCUUUAAAAUUUGUAGAGAUUUAAUUCAACACUAUUCCCCUAAAUAGUUCUGUAGCUUAGGACAUACAAACCUCAUCUUGUAGUCCAUUUAGUGUGUGUUCAGAGUUUCUUAAAUUUGACUAGUAGAACCUUUAGUGGGUCUGUUUUCUUUCAGCCUUUUUUUGCUGCCCUAAGCUAGAGUCCCUCAAGCAUUUAUCUAUCUCUAUACCAGGCCAGCAAUCUCACACAGGGCAGCCUACACAUCAUCACACACACACAAGCACACACACACACACACACACACAUACCAUUCACACUCUUAGUGCCAUCGGCCCCUGGUGGAAAGGGGCAGUUUUGUGGACCACCUUACUACACACUGGAAGCUUUGACAUAGCACAACUGGCCACAUACUUCCAGCAGGGGCACUCUGUAGGAAGUACCCUUUAUCCUCUGUGGAUUGAAGUAGGUGCUGGGUAGGGAACAGUCUCACUAUAAAGGUGUGGUAAACCAGAUACAAUGGAAAAAGGAAAGGAUAUGAUUAAAGGUGGAAUAUAAAUGAAGAAUGGUUGAUAGUGGAAGGGUUGCCAAUAUUCAGCUUGCCUGUCUCACUAAUCAUUAUCUACACUAUAGGUUCCUUUCAUAUAUUUUUGAUACCUAAUUAGCACAUCUGUUUACAAGCGCAUGUGUUUGUUUCUUAGGUGCUUUAGUUGUAAGCUGCUGUUGUGUUCCCUGAGUGCUGCUGUCGUGAAGGGCAGAAGCAAGUGAUGAGUUCUUUGUUAUUUUUAUAUACUACUACUGCUAAGUGAAUCAGUCUUUUCAACAAUAAAGUAUUAAAUGUGUUCAUGGUGGGAGGCAUCAUGAUUAAUUAC